AUGAAGGUCCACACAGAUCCAACUGACGCCCAUAGCUCCCUCGACCUCGAACUUUUCUGGCCAAAAGACGAAGUGUGGCGUCACUCUUCGUCGGAAAAUCGAGGCCUUGUCACCCGCGUCCGUUCAAAGUUCAUAACAGUUUUCCGGAUGGGGUCGGAGGGCCAUCAGGACAUUGACCUUGCCAUCCUCACUGCAUUACUCAAAGGUGCCAACGCCUCGGCCCCUGACCAGCUGAGUUUGGCUCUGGCUUGGAACAGAGUGGACAUCGCCCGCAGUCAGAUCUUCAUCUACGGACAGCAGUGGCCUAUCGGUUCCCUGGAGCAGGCGAUGCUGGAUGCCUUAGUUCUGGACAGAGUGGACUUUGUCAAGCUGCUGAUUGAAAAUGGAGUCAGCAUGCAUCGCUUCCUCACGCUUUCCAGACUGGAGGAGCUCUACAACACGAGACAUGGGCCGUCCAACACGCUGUACCACCUGGUCAGAGAUGUCAAAAAGGGAAACCUGCCUCCGGACUACCGCAUCAGCCUCAUCGACAUCGGACUGGUCAUUGAAUACCUCAUGGGCGGAGCUUAUCGUUGUAACUACACCAGGAAGAGAUUCAGAACUCUGUACCACAACCUCUUUGGACCCAAGAGGCCCAAAGCCCUGAAACUGCUGGGGAUGGAGGAUGACAUGCCUAUCCGCAGAGGUCGCCAGAAGACGACGCGCAAGCGAGAGGAGGAAGUGGACAUAGAUUUGGACGACCCCGAAAUCAACCACUUCCCUUUUCCUUUCCAUGAGCUCAUGGUUUGGGCCGUGCUUAUGAAACGUCAGAAGAUGGCGCUGUUCUUUUGGCAGCACGGUGAAGAGGCCAUGGCCAAGGCCUUGGUAGCAUGUAAGCUUUGUAAGGCCAUGGCACACGAAGCCUCCGAGAACGACAUGGUGGACGACAUUUCUCAGGAACUAAACCACAACUCCAGAGAGUUUGCCCAGCUGGCAGUGGAACUCCUAGACCAGUCGUAUAAACAGGACGAGCAGAUGGCCAUGAAGCUCCUGACGUACGAGCUGAAGAACUGGAGCAACGCCACCUGCCUGCAGCUGGCGGUAGCGGCCAAACACAGAGACUUCAUUGCUCACACCUGCAGUCAGAUGCUGCUGACCGACAUGUGGAUGGGACGCCUGCGCAUGCGCAAAAACUCAGGCCUGAAGGUUAUCUUAGGGCUGCUUCUGCCACCGUCCAUCCUGAGUCUGGAGUUCAAGAACAAGGAUGAGAUGUCCUACAUGCCCCAGGAUCAGGAGGCCUACCUGCAGGAGAAGGAGGAGGAGGAGCCUGAAAAGCCAGCGAAGGAGAAGGAGGAUGAAGACAUGGAGUUCACAGUAAGAUCUUACUGUGAGGCGCAGUACAACUCCGUGGCAAUGCUAGGUAACGUAACCACCGAGACCUCCAGGAAGAAGGAUGUCGAGGAGGUUCAGAAACGCCACCGCCUCAUCCCCUUGGGACGCAAGAUAUACGAGUUCUACAACGCUCCCAUCGUCAAGUUCUGGUUCCAUACGAUGGCAUACGUGGGCUACCUGAUGUUGUUCAACUACAUUGUGCUGGUGAAGAUGGACCUGUGGCCCUCCACUCAGGAGUGGAUCGUCAUCGCUUACAUCUUCACCAACGGCAUCGAGAAGAUGAGAGAGAUCCUGAUGUCAGAGCCGGGGAAGUUGCUUCAGAAGGUGAAGGUGUGGCUCCAGGAGUACUGGAACAUCACGGACCUCAUGGCCAUCCUCAUAUUCUCCGUGGGUAUGGUUCUGCGUCUCCAGGAGCCGCCGCUCAUGAGCUACGGGCGGGUCAUCUACUGCGUGAACAUCAUCUAUUGGUACAUCCGGCUGCUGGACAUCUUCGGGGUCAACAAGUACCUGGGACCCUACGUGAUGAUGAUUGGCAAGAUGAUGAUCGACAUGAUGUAUUUUGUGAUCAUCAUGUUGGUGGUGCUGAUGAGUUUCGGUGUGGCGCGUCAGGCCAUCCUCAACCCGAAUGAAGACCCCUCCUGGAUGCUAGCUAGGAACAUCUUCUUCAUGCCUUACUGGAUGAUAUAUGGAGAGGUGUUUGCCGACCAGAUUGAUCAUAUGCAUAGUAGGAAGUUAAAGCAAAGGCUGAAUGAAAAACCCUGGCUGUCUUCAAAUUACUUGCGAACUUACGGAACCUGGCGUAGUAGUGGUCCAUCCAACUUUCCCCAGUGCAGUCAAACCCCCACCCCCUGCGGGCAGAACAUCACUACAGAUGAUGGGGGGGUGGUGUCGCUGCCUCCCUGUAAGACGGGGGCCUGGAUCGUCCCGGCCAUCAUGGCCUGCUACCUGCUGGUGGCCAACAUCCUGCUGGUCAACCUCCUCAUCGCCGUGUUCAACAAUACAUUUUUCGAGGUGAAGUCCAUCUCUAACCAGGUGUGGAAGUUUCAGCGCUACCAGCUCAUCAUGACCUAUUACGAGCGCCCGGUCCUUCCUCCCCCCCUCAUCAUCUUCAGUCACAUCACCAUGGCGCUCAAGCAUCUGUGUUGCCGCUGGCGCAAGCACGACGACGACGAGAGGGACUAUGGACUGAAACUGUUCAUCACUGAGGACGAGCUGAAGAAGGUCCACGACUUUGAGGAGCAGUGCAUAGAGGAAUACUUCAGAGAGAAAGACGACCGCUUCCACUCCUCCAACGAUGAGAGGAUCAGAGUGACUUCUGAAAGGGUGGAGAAUAUGGCUAUGCGUCUGGAGGAAGUCAAUGAAAGGGAACACUUCAUGAAGGCCUCUCUGCAGACCGUUGACAUCCGUCUGGCCCAAAUGGAGGAGCUGAUUGGAAGAAUUGCCGUAGCCCUGGAGCGAGUGACGGGUGUGGAGCGUGGGGAGGUGGUCACCAAAGUACGAUCCCGGACCUCCUCUGACUGCACGGACUCUGCUUACAUCCUCCGUCAGGGUGAGUGCCCGGAUUCAUACAUCCUGCGUCAAAGCAGCUUUAACAGCACAGAAGGGAACACCUACCGCCUGCAGGAGGCCCUGGAGGGGACAGCGGAGGGCUCCAUGUCCCCCCCCUCUCCCACCGCCAUGGCUGCACGGACACGGAGCCACUCGUUUUAUGUGGGCCGUGGCGGUGAGCGAGGAAGCAGAGCGGAGCGCGCUGAGAGCUUCUUCAAAGAGCGCUCGCUCAGCCUGCAUCGAGCCAACAGCUCACAGUCAGUGUCCUCAGGUACUGCCGCCAAGGAGUCUAAGCCCCUCCCCCUGGCCACGCUGUCGGUCUCCCAGCAGCACCGUCCAUCAUCAUGCAUCGAUAUCUACGUCUCAACCUCUGAGGAGGUGGGGCCUGCGGAGGUCUUUCUGGAUCCUCUCCGAAGGAUCCCGACGCUCCAGAGAGACUGCUCCCUGCAGUCGGAUGUCAUGGAGACGGUGCUGCCGGGGGGCCGGGACUUUGGCAGCGCCUCCCCCAGCGGGAUGGGCGACAGGCACUCGGAGGGUGGAGUAGGCAGCAGCGGAACAACCGGAGCCAUGUUUGACGACAGUGCAGCUGCUGACUUGUCCUUGUGCUCAGCCCACCUCUUACCAGACCAGUCAUCUCCCUGGGACAUAGAUCCAUCCCCCCCCCCCUCAGCAGGGCUGCUGGAGCGCUCUAAGAGCAGCCGCUACCUCUCCGCAGCGGGCACAUCCUUCCUGGAAGAGCCCCCUCUGGCCAAGUCCCACAGCCUCAUGUUCACAUCCCGAGGCUGCUACAGCGGGCUGGGGGCCGGGGUCCAGGUGAAGGCGACAGAGUACACCAGCAUCACGGACUGCAUCGACACACGCUGUGUCUCCGCUCCGUACACUCCUGUAGAACGCUCUCACUCCCCCGGAGGGUCCACCUCCUUCCCCUUUGAUAAGCCGUCAGAAAUUGCUUCCACUCACCCAGAGAGAGAGGCAGAGCUUAGCCACACAGAGUCAGAUCCAGAGGACCCUGAGGACCUGAUUCAGACCCCUGAUACCCCUCGUCUAGGGGGCCUUGACGGGCCCAGUGGGGCCCCUUUCUGCUCCCCCUACUCGAGGCUUGAGCGAGCAAACAGCUGCUCCUCAGACGACUCCCAUCCUUCCCUCACGCUGGCCCCUCCACACCGGAAGAGCCUGUCGGUGAGUGAGAGGAUGGAGAUGGGACCGGUUCUGGGGGCAGACAGGGGGCCUGGGCCCGGGGGCCGGGGUCUGGCAGGAACCAGAAACCCCUUCCUCAGGAGCAAGUCUGGAGCACGACCUGAAGCAGCCAAGACUGACAGCCUCUCCAUGAGGAAGCUGGCCACGCCCUCAGCUUUCCGCAGCUUCGACAGACAGAACUACACGUGACAAGAACCCUGGUCUGCACACUCACACACUGACAGGACCGGGGGGGGGGGACUGAGAGGGCCGGGGGCCAAACAGAGAGCAGGGUGGAGUUGCCCACAGAUGCUGAUCUACAGAUUUUUCACUUAUGUUUUAGAUUAGAAAAGAUGGUAAAAGUUUAUUCAAAUUCAGUGCUGAAGGGCAACUUUACUCUGGACCAGGUGUCAGGGGGACAGGAUGGGAGAUGGAGGGGUCCUACUGUACACCAGUCAAAAACCAAGAGCUAUGAAUCUAGAGUAGUUUUUACCUCCUCUUGUAGCUAAGUAACUCUCUAUGGGGUGUUUUUGCAAUGGAAGGUGUAUUUGUACUGUAUGUCUUCCACCCACCAACCUUACAUCGAGUAGUCAUGUCACUGUUUUACAUCACAUAUCAAUCACGUAAGUCACAGACAGUAAACUGUCACUGCUAGCUGCAAACACCUCCUUUGGUUAUUUUGUCUCAGCAUAGUCAUCACUGUCACAGAACUUUUGCUUUAAAUACAUUAACCUCAUAUAAUCCUCACUCCACUCUAUACGACCCCAGCACUAAAGGAUUCAGCGAAGUGUGUUGGAAACAUCUGGAACUAUUUUCUCUCGUGGUUGCACUGGAAAUGAACUGCAGUAACUUGGCAACAACUUACCUCUAGAUACACAAAUACACCUUUCAAGCAAUCAAUACUUAUCUUUUUUUCCUUUAGUUGUCUUACGUUUCGUAGCACCAUUUAUCCACCAAAUUGUCUGAUUAUAGUUUAUUGAAAAGGUUACAUUUGUCUCCUGGUCAGGUGUCAGCAGGAUGUAUGCGCAGUAAAAACUGGGUUGAAGUAGCCACCUGAUAAGAAUAAGUACAACUGAUGUCCAGGCACGAAUCCACAUCAGGAAAAUAAAGGAAAGGAUUUAGAAGAUUUUAAUCACGCACAUGCAGACGUGCAUAUGCAUGUUACACACACACACACACACACACAC